AGUUUGAACACAUUUAUUGAUUAUGUCAAAAAAUAAAACAAUUUAUUGAUUGGGUCUGAAAAAAUGAAUGUAAUAAAUGAAAGUGGAUCAUCAAAAUCAUCACCACCACCAUCCAACUCCGUCGCAAUCGUGUCUCUCUCACUAACUCCGCCAUUCCGAUUCCUUCUCCGUUCACCGGUUGUUGUUGUUGUUGUUUGACUAUUAGUUAAAGAGGUUGCGGACUUGAUGAUUGCGGGAUUUCGUGUCAGCAGUGAAUAAUCUCCGAAUGGAUCUUGGAAGACCCGCGUCAGGUAGAAGAAGAUUGAAAGAUUUAUUGCUUCAGAAGGAUAAUCGUGUUUGUUCUGAUUGUAAUGCUCCAGAUCCUAAAUGGGCGUCUGCCAAUAUUGGAGUGUUUAUAUGCUUAAAAUGUUGUGGUGUGCACAGAAGCCUUGGUACUCAUAUUUCAAAGGUCUUAUCUGUGACAUUGGAUGAAUGGUCAGAUGAUGAAGUAGAUGCAAUGAUAGAAGUUGGAGGAAAUGCUUCCGCUAAUUCAAUUUACGAGGCUUAUAUUCCUGAAGGAUAUACAAAACCUGGACCAGAUGCCACUCCUGAUGAGCGUUCAAAGUUUAUACGGUCAAAGUAUGAGUUGCAAGAAUUUUUGAAGCCUAGUUUGCGCAUUGUAUCUGGAAAAAGCAAUCAAUCAAGUUCUUCCAAUAGUUUUAUGGAUAGUUUUAGAAGCACUGGUUCACAGAGAAUGGAAGGUAUGGUAGAAUUCAUUGGAAUGUUGAAGAUCAAAGUGAUUCAAGGCACAAAUUUAGCCAUCCGGGAUAUAAAGUCAAGUGACCCAUAUGUUGUUUUGAACCUCGGCUCACAGACUGUACAGACAACUGUAGUGAGAAGUAAUUUGAAUCCAGUCUGGAAUGAGGAGCAUAUGCUGUCUGUUCCAGAGCAUUAUGGACAGCUGAAAUUGAAAGUAUAUGAUUAUGACACAUUUUCUGCUGAUGAUAUAAUGGGAGAAGCGGACAUUGAUCUUCAGUCACUGAUAACUUCUGCCAUGGCAUUUAGAGAUCCUAGUAUGUUUGGAAAUAUGCAGAUCGGAAAAUGGUUGAAAUCUGACGACAAUGCACUUAUUGAGGAUAGCGCGGUCGAAAUUUCUGAUGGUAAGGUUAAACAAAUGAUGACACUCAAACUCCAGAAUGUUGAAUCUGGAGAAAUAGAGUUAGAACUCGAAUGGAUUCCUCUUGAUCAAUAGCUAUUUGAAUGUUGUUAGUCUAUGAAGAGGCUUCUGUAAUUUUUUUCUCUUCUGCUUUUGGCUAUCAUCCUAGAGGAACAAAUAAAUCUGCCUAUUUAUAUUUUUACAUCUUUCAAAUUAUUGGACCAAACAUUCAGUGCAUUUUCUUCACAGAAAAGAGUGAGAGAGAAACAUAGUUUUGCUAACAGGUUCAUAAUCAAAUAUUUAUUUUCAUGUACAA